AUGUCCCUCCAAACCCCCCGCGUCCUCCCCGCCCACCUCCACGCCUUCCACCCCUCCAGCGGCUCCUCAACACACACCGUCCGCAUCCUCGGAACGGUAACAGCCUUACACGGCGACACCGCAACAAUAACAUGCGGGGACAACGGCGACGUCACUCUCAUCCUGAAGUCAGACUCGCAUCUGCAGAUGGGAAAGUUAGUCGAGGUGGUAGGGAAAGUCGCUGAACUAGAGGGCGGGCAGGGCCUCGGGAUCCGUGUCUUGGCCACGACGGACUGGGGCAACCCUUCGGAUUGCGACUACAAGAUCUACGAACACGUUGUCGAAGUGACGCAUAAGUUGAAGCCUAUAUUCUAUGAUUCCAAUGAAUAG